UGUCAAUCGAAAUUUUUUAUCACUCCGAAAUGGCCGCUGCAGCUCUUCUCCAGUUCCUCCUCCCCUCUCUGUCUCUCUUCCUCUUCAGUAUUCUUCUCAUUUUUCAUUGUCGGCGCCAAAACCACCGCCGUCUACCGCCCAGUCCCCCUUCCUUUUUGAUUUUAGGCCACCUCCACCUCCUCAACCCGUCGAUCCACCGCCCUCUCGCCGCCAUCUCCGCCGCCCACGGCCCCGUCAUUCUCCUGCGCUUCGGUUCCCGCACUGUCCUCCUCGUGUCCUCUCCGUCCGCCGUCGAAGAGUGCUUCACCGUCCACGACGUCGCCUUCGCGAACCGCCCCCACUUCCUCGCCGGCAAGAUCCUCGGAUACGACUUCACCCGACAACCUACGUUAAUCGUCAGGGAGAUGGUGAGCGAGGGACUACAGUUGAGCGCGGCGACCGUGAACGCAGGGGACGACAUGCCGGAGUUUAUGAGAGUGGCAUGGCGCGGGUUGGAGAAAAGGCUAAUGAGGCUUCGGAGGAGGAGGGAUGAGUUUUGGGGAAAACUCAUAGUGCUGCACCGAGAGAGACGACAGAGCGAGGAUAAUGGCAGCGGCGGCGUGGAUGGGGAAGGAAGGGAGACACUGAUGGACGUUAUGUUGUCGCUGCAGAACAGCGAUCCGGAACGCUACACGGAUGACAUCAUCAAGGGCCUGAUGACGACAAUGUUUUCAGCAGGAACAGACUCCUCCGCCAGCACAACAGAGUGGACAAUGAGCUUGUUGUUAAACCAUCCUCACGUUCUGGAGAAGGCCGCCACCGAGCUCGACACGACGGUCGGCCACGAGCGGUCGGUCUCCAAAGACGACCUCCCCAACCUCAUCUACUCGAACUCCAUCAUCCACGAGACUCUGCGAUUGUACCCCACCGUCCCUCUCCUCGCGCCUCACGAAACUUCCAAAGACUGCACCGUCGCGGGAUUCGAUGUCUUCGCCGGCACCAUGCUGCUCGUCAACGCGUGGGCUAUCCACAGGGAUGUCGGCCUCUGGGACGAGCCCGAGAAGUUCAAGUCGGAGAGGUUCAUGGCGGGGGAGGCGGCGGAGGGAUACAAGUUCAUGCCGUUUGGGAUGGGGCGACGGCGGUGCCUCGGCGUGGGUCUGGCUAUCCGAAUGGUGGCACUGAUGCUGGCGACGUUCGUCCAGUGCUUUGAGUGGGAGAAAGUGUCGCCGGAGGAGGUGGACAUGAGGGAGGGGCCAGGACUGUCCAUGCCCAAGGCGACGCCAUUGGAGGCGUUGUACAAGCCACGCCAGAGCAUGGUGUCACUCCUUUCGCAGCUGUGAGCUUAUGUACCAGAGG